CUGCACGGAAUCUUAUCAGAGACGGACCGGCAGUCUGUAGGAAAGCUAGCGAAACGUUUACACGGAAGAGAGACUUUUGUUGGGUUAAAAGUCCAACUGACUCUAUAUUUGGUUAUUUUUGUUGCUUAAAACAUGUCCGGCAGACUGGCAGAUACACUGGGUUGAGUUUGUAAUGUGACUGAAUAAAAAUGGAAGCAAGGUUUAGCAGCGAAGUGGCGUCCAUAGUCGAAGUCGCUAUCCAGGCGGCCGUGUCUGUGUUCAGGGAUGUCUGGGCCAAAGAGGCGCCAAACUCGCAGUGGGAAGAGGCGAAGUCCGGAGAAAUCCUGGAGAUAGAGAAGUGUCUGGUGCUCCAGAUCCACAAGGUGUUCACUGAGUACUCCUCGGAGCUGUUCGAGGAGAACGAGGCUCUGCGGGCCAAGGUGGAGCAGCUGGAGGACGUGCUGCAGAAGAAAGCCGGGCAGCUGGAGCAGGAGCUGGAGGCCAGAGUGGGACAGCUGGGCAAAGAGAUGGAGGAGCUGGAGCAGGAGCUGAAGAGCAUCAGUGACGUCGGCAGCAAGACCCCGGGAGCACCGACCCUCCUCCUGGUGCAGGACGCCUCUCUGAUAGGAGCCCCGGUGUUGUCGGUCUCCACCAGCCCUGCUGCUCCGCUGGUGGCUGUGAAGGAACCUUCCUCCACCCCCCCUCCAGUUUCAGCAGUCAGCUCCACCGCUGACCCUGUGGCCGUCUCUGAGCCUGACCCCGCCCCCGUCUCUGAGCCUGACCCCGUCUCUGAGCCUGAGCCUGACCCUGCCCCCGUGGUGUCUGCUGGUGGCCCCCCCAUGGUACUGUUGGUGGGGGCCAGCCAAGUGGUCCCCCAGCUCCCUGCACCACCUACGACUGUCUCUGAAUCAGCACUCCUCCUCAAAGCAGCGGCAUCGACGCCUCCACAAACCCCCCCCUCAGACUCAGCACAGGAGAAGAAAUCUGUGGAAGAGGCACUUUCAGGCAGAACGAGGAGGACGAGGAGAGCCACUUAUAAGACUGAAGAAGCUUCCACUGACAACAGCGUCGAAGAGAAGAAAACCAACUCAAGUGGAGAGCCGGGAAAAAGGCUUAAAAGAAAAGAGACAGCAAAGCGGUUUCCCUGUGAACAUUGUGACGCAGGUUUUAAUUGGAAAGGUGAAUUAAAGAAACACAUGAAGGUCCACAAGAAGCCUUUUCCUUGCGAGCAGUGUGGCAGGAGCUUCCUCGAAAAGAAGUCUCUGGAAAAUCACCUUUUGCGCCACGAGGCAAGCAAAGCCCCCCUGCCCUUCCCCUGCCCUCAGUGUAAGAGGUCGUACCGGAGAGAGGAGUCGCUCCAGAACCACCUCAAGCAUCACGAGCGCUCCAAACCGCCCAAGCCCUUCGCCUGCGAUCAGUGUGGCAAAACAUUCAGAAUCCAGCGCUCUCUGGAGAACCACCUGCUGCGCCACGACAAAUGGAAGCAGAUGUUGAAGUGCCAUCUUUGUGACAAGACGUGCAAGACAUCGGUCCAGCUGAGGUGUCACAUGGCCGUGCACUCGGAGGAGAGACCGUUCAGCUGCGCCACCUGCGGGAAGGAGUUCAAGAGCAAAGACACCCUCCGCUUCCACCAGAUGGUUCACUCCAACUCUAAAAAAUACAAGUGCACAAUGUGCGAGGAGACAUUCAAAUACGCCCACUCCCUGACCGUGCAUAAGAGGAAACACACAGGCGUCACCCCGUUCACAUGCACCGUGUGCAACAGGUCCUACAGGACGGGCACGGCUCUGAAGAGACACAGCGUGGUCCACACCGGGGAGAAGCCCUUCACCUGUCACAUCUGUGGAGCCAGGUUCAGCCUGAACAACAACCUGAAGAGGCACCUGCGCAUCCACACCGGGGAGAAGCCCUUCACCUGCUCCGAGUGCGGGAAGAGCUUCUCCGACAACAACAAGCUCAAGGCCCACAUGCUCAUCCACGGAGCCAGGAAGCCUUUCAUGUGCGAUCUGUGCGGGAAGACCUUCCUCUUCAACUGCCGGCUGCUGAUCCAUCAGAAGUACGUGCACGCUGACAGGAACGAGGACACGGACGGCACGCAAAGGUUUCUGCAGAAUAGAAAGAGAAACAAGUCCUUGAUUAAACCAUUCAGCUGCAAAGUAUGUCUCAGAGGUUUCAGCGCCGCGUGUUCCCUCAAACUCCACGAGAGAGGCCACAGCGAGAACAAGGAGUUCAACUGCGGCAUUUGUGGGAAGGCUUUCCACAACAAGUACUCUUUCGGGUAUCACCAGAGAAGCCACGCGGGGGAGAAGCCCUUCGUCUGUGACGUGUGCGGGAAGAGGUUUUUCCACACUGGCAGCCUGAAGCAGCACGAGCGGAUUCACACGGGCGAGAAGCCGUACAAAUGCGACCAGUGCGACAAGACCUUCAGAACAGACGGAAACUUCUACAGACACUUGCGGAUCCACACGGGCGAGAAGCAGUUUGAAUGUUUGUACUGUCACAAGAAGUUCCACCAGUCCAACCAGCUCAAGUCCCACAUGCAGGUCCACACCGGGGAGAAGCUGUACUCCUGCCAGCAGUGUGGCCGCGGCUUCUCCGAUUCCAGGCAGCUCAAGAAGCACAGCUGUGACGGGUCCUAGGGGAGGGGAUGGGGAACAAUCUGGAAGAACGCUUGACUGAGUAACAAAUGGGUUAAUAUAAUAUAUUCACAAAUGAACAGCCAUUUGUUGUCUAAUGGAACUGAGAUGACUUGGCCCAGUGCAUUUAUGCUCAAUUAUUGCUUUACAAAAAACAUCUUUAAAAUCAGUUUUUGGAGCUUUUACAAUUCGAUGAAUCAACAUACUUUUUAGUGACAGAAAAAUGUAUUCGGGAGACAUGCAAAAAGAUACACCAGAUAGCUUCAUAGUAGCAAAGGGAUGCUUGGUUUAUUAUAAACUGAAUGCUUUUGUCUGUUGAUCCACUUAAGUGUUUAACACUUCAGGGUUACUCACGUUUCAUUACCCUUAAUAUGCUAAAGUUAAGGGAUUCAUCUAAAGUCAUUAAAACAGUUAAUGAGAGUUAAUGUACUGGCAGUUCUACUUUCAUUCAGAGAUUUACAGUAAAGGUUGGCUGCAUUAUUUUUGGCAUUAUUAGUUUUAAGAAAUCUAAUAAAGACAGCUACUUGUGUUUGUCCUGUAUACAAACACAAAGAUAAACAUAUGAAACCACAAAUAUAGGUUUUGAGUUUGGAUGAUUUAAAGGUAUUUUAGACGAAAAACACCAGCUUCAGAAUUUCAAGUGUGUUUUAGGACUUAGGAGUUAUUUUCAGCAGAUGAAAUUGUUUAUUUUCUCCAGUUGAGUGCAUUUUUGAAUGGCAUUCUGUUUUUUAAAGAUUUCUAUAAUUUAUGUUUUGUUCAUCAAUGAAAAUCCAUACAAUGAUGUUAAGAUGUGUUUAUUUUUCAACAAAAACAACACAUUGUAAAAUGACGGGCUUAUGUCAAUGAUAUGUAUUAUGGCAGUGUGUAUAUUUCUUUUUGUUUGUUAUUGCAUUAAAAGAACAUUUGCAAUUGAA